UACUCCAGUAGUAAAGACAUAGCGUGCUUGUACUUGAUGCUGCAACUAUGGCUGUGUUGCUGCAAACACAUUACACUCUCUCUCUACCUUCACCACGUUACCCUUAUCUCUUCUCAAUUCGAAACCCUAACUCUAAUGUCUACAAUUUUCUAAUCCCCACCACACCUCUCAAAUCUCAAUUACAAUUCUCCAAUCACCGGAAUCCAACACACCGUUCGCCGGCGUCACCGGUCUCCGCCUCCCGCCGGGAACCUUCAGAAACGACUUCACUCAAAUUGCCCCGUGCUCUUGUCCGCGUCACCGUCUCCAUCGCGCUGUUUCUAUGCUGUGGCAUUCGGGCUUGUUCCGCUUCUUUGCCUCCUCUAACCAACGUGGUUCAGCAGGAACAAACUAUUCAAGAUGAUAAUGAUGCAAGGAAACAUGAUGCCAAUGAAAAUAUAGAUGUAGAUAAGGAAUUAGAAGCAUCUUUUAAUGCUUGGAAGUCUAAAACAUAUGCAUUGACAGUUCCUUUGAAAGUUGUUGCUUUGCGUGGCUCUAUUCCUCCUUCAUGGAUCAAGGACUUCAUAAAUUCUCAAGGGAAUAGAAUGAAAUUUAAGGUGAAGUAUUAUGCAACUCUUGAGAGUAUCUUCUCUGAUCUAUCCAUUCCCUUUACCAAAGGUGAUCAUGUCCCAACAACUGCUUUGGCAGCUGAUAUUGUCGGUAUUGGUGACUCGUGGCUCAAAUUUGCCGUUGAAAAGGCUAUAAUUGAGCCAAUAAAAGAUGUAGAAGGUCAAGAAUGGUUUAAAAACUUAGCUGAGAAAUGGAAGGUAUAUCUACGCAGGAACUGUGAGGGAGAAGUGGAUCCUGAAGGUGAUAUAUGGGCUGCCCCAUAUCGAUGGGGAUGCAUGGUAAUAGCAUACAAGACAAAUAGUUUUCAAAAGCAUAAGUUGGCUCCAAUAGAGGACUGGGCAGAUCUUUGGCGGCCUGAUCUUGCAGGGAGGAUUUCCAUGGUGGACUCUCCUAGAGAAGUUGUUGGUGCAGUCUUAAAGUAUAUGGGGGCUUCCUAUAAUGCAAAUGACAUCAAUUUGGAAGUUAAUGGAGGGAGAGAUGCUGUUAAACAUAAUUUAGCAUUGCUUGCAAAACAGGUUCGACUCUUUGAUAGUGAAAACUAUCUAAAGGCUUUUGGAGUUGGAGAUGUGUGGGUAGCUGUUGGAUGGAGUAGUGAUAUUAUUCCUGUUGCUAAACGGAUGUCUAAUGUUGCAGUUAUUGUUCCAAAGUCUGGAGCAAGUUUAUGGGCUGAUCUUUGGGCAAUUCCUGCUGCCUCAAAGAUUCAAACGAGUCGGAUUGGUGGGCGCGUCAGGGGACCAUCUCCAUUAAUCCAUCAGUGGAUAGAAUUUUGUCUGCAAUCUGCAAGAGCACUGCCCUUCAAGCAGGAGGUGAUCCCAGGUGCCUCUCCCCCUCUUCUUCAAGGUCAUUCCACCAAUGUGGCCUUGGAGUUAACUAAGGGUAGGCCAAGGCUAGUCACCAAUCUCAUUGAUGGAGCACCACCACCUGACAUUUUAGAAAGGUGUGAAUUUCUAGAGCCAUUAUCUAAUUCCGCAGUAUCCGAUUACCACUGGUUGCUUGCCUCAAUCCAGGAACCUGGCAAUGGAUUGAUACACAAAAUGCGUCAGUAUAUCUCAUCAUUGGUUACAUAUUCUGGGAGGUCUAAUUCAAAACUGACUUGAGUAAUGAGCUAUUGGGCUGUCGAAUACAUACAAAGGAUCUGUGAUUUUACGAUUUGAAUGACCAGAAACUUCAAAGGUUGACUGAUGUUUUAACAUUUGUGGAGGUAGAAUUUCAAGAUUAUUGGGUAGUGAAAGGCAACAAUAAGUCAUUAACGCUGGAGCUGUACGAGUUAGCUGCUGAUUCUGCCUUCCAUAUAUUGUUGAACCUUCAGAAUGUUCUGCAAAAUUCAUCCGAAAAUGUGAUUUAUGUAUUAGUAGGUGAAAUAAUUUGUUUUUCAUGUAUUCAUGUCUCCUCUAAGGGAUUUAUUGUUUGUACAAAUCAACAUGAAGCAAAUAUUAGACAAGUUCUUAAAGCUGUGUAAAGGGAGUGAUUCUUUUUGCCAAUCAACAUGGCUUUUGAAUACCA